AUGAAUAUGGAAACGCAAGAAUAUAUGAAUGGGUUAAGGCCGGGUCCUUUGACGAGAGAGAUACCGGAAUGUAUGAGGAACAAAUACACUUUAGUUCAAGGGAUUUUCGACCUUAUCGUCACUCUGUUGACGGCACUUGGACACUUAUUUUACGAAAUAUACAAAUCAAUAUUUAGAGACCCGAAAAAGGACUUGAAGGGUCAAAUUGCCUUGAUAACUGGAGGCGGAGGUGGUUUAGGAAGCCUUAUAGCAUUGCGGCUCGCCAGACUCGGAUGUGUCAUCGUACUUUGGGAUAUAAAUAAACAAGGUUUGGAAGACACAGUGAAGUUAGUCAAAGGUGUCGGCGGCAAAUGCUUCGGCUAUGUAGUAGACCUGGCUGCUCGUGAUGACAUCUAUCGUGUGGCUAAACAGGUCAAGAAGGAAGUUGGAACUGUGUCGCUCCUCAUAAACAAUGCAGGAGUGGUAUCGGGUCAGUAUCUUUUGGAGACGCCUGAUCAUCUCAUUCAGAGAACCUUCGACGUUAAUAUCCUAGCACAUUUCUGGACAGUCAAAGCUUUCAUACCAGAUAUGAUAGACAGCAACCACGGGCAUAUAGUAACCAUAGCAUCGAUGGCUGGACAUGUUGGAGUUCCAAAACUCGUGGACUACUGUGCCUCUAAAUCGGCUGCUUGUGGUUUUGAUGAAGCCCUGAAGGUCGAGCUAGAUUCAAAGGGAAUAAAGGGAGUCCACACGUCAUUGAUAUGUCCGUACUUUAUCAGGGCAACGGGGAUGUUCGAAGAAGUGAAGUCAAGGAUCGUCCCUCAGCUGAAUUCCAAUGACGUAGCAGAUAGAGUGGUCUACGCUAUACGGACGAACGAAAAUGUCGCAGUCAUACCCAGCUACCUUCGAGUGCUGUUGCCGUUAAAAUGGCUGGUACCUUGGGCGUGUGUUUCUGAAUUCAUCCGAGGCUUAGUACCAGACGCAAUGCCAGCACCUAUGCCCUUGCCGGAAAAAAAACUUGAGGCAGAUAUUCUCAAACCAAACGGAAAGUUGGAGUCCCGCCCCAUGACCUUAAUACCACCAGCGAGAGAUGAUCGACGCGUCUGA